UAAAGUUCCAUCCGAUCGGGCUGAUUAUUCCUCCGAGCUAACCCCCGGCUCCGGAUCCUGAUCCUUCAAUUGCAACGACACCCCCAAACCAUUCGAUUAGAUCUCUGAUUGUCCCUUGAUUUUUGCAGAGGGUUGAUCGUCCUGUUUGUCUCUGAUCGAAUCCGAAUUCCGAAGAAUGCCGCCUCCCAAUUGUCUCCUCCACGUCGAGGACACCUUUGGACCCGUCGUCAAGGGAUGCGGGUCCAAUUUCGACUUCACCUUGUUGUUUGAGGAGACGAUUCUUUGUAUUCUUCCUCUUUGCGUGGCUAUUGGUCUUGCUGUAUUUCGGAUUACGCGACUUUGGAGAAAGCCGGUGAUAUUUAGGGGUUGUUUCAUAUUGCCGCUGAAGCUGAUCGCAUGGACGUUGGUACUUGGAUCGCAAGCGAGCGUCGUCGCGCUCUUCACCAUUCGCGAUGAAACUCGAACGAGAGCCAGUAUUGUCGCGGGAAGUAUUGGCAUAGUCGGCUCCGCGAUACUAACAUGCCUUUCUUUCCUGGAGCAUCAGCGCGCGGUGCGCACUUCGUCCAUCUUGGUCCUUUAUCUUCUGUCGGCUAUCCCCAUGGAUGCCGCUCGCGCCCGAACCCUUUGGCGAAUGCUAGAUGGACGAGACCCUGCGAUUGCUGUUAUGGUGCUGGCAAGUACUAAGGUUCUCGCUCUGGUCACUGAGAUGUUGUGGAAAUGUUCGUUGGUAAACAGACAUGAACUAUGCGAUGCCCCAGAGGAGAGCAACGGUAUCAUUGAACGUGCGCUUAUGCUGAGAAUGAUGCCGAUUUUCUGGGCUGGAUACCGCACGCCGUUGCAGACUGAGCAUCUCUCCAAGCUUAGUACCAAGUUGCAGAAUGCCGAAUUGAGGCCGACCGAAAAGGGACCGAAGAGGAAGCAGGAGCCGAUCAAGCUUGCGAAAGAGAUCUUCUUCUCUCACACCAUCGAGUUUCUAGCGCCUAUAUUCCCCCGACUAUGCUACCUUUCCUUGACCUUUGCCCAACCAUUCCUCGUCCGUCGAGCGAUUGACUACAUCUCGAAGCCAAAGACCGAAGGCUCAGAUCAGAGAGGUGAUGGACUCAUCGCAGCAUAUGCUCUUGUCUACUAUGGCAUUGCAUUUGUCUCCUCUCUGUAUGAACAAAGCGCUGUUCGAGCCACCACUGUCGUCCGUGCCGAUCUAUCGAUGCGAAUCUACCAGCAAUCACUCCUUCUCGAUCGAGUCGUGGAUACGGGAGACUCAAGUACAACAAUGAUGACUGCCGACGUCGAGCGCGUGCAGCUCGGAGUUCGAAAGAUACAUGACGCUUGGGCUAGCUUCGUAUCUGUUGCAAUUGGACUCUGGCUCAUCGAAGUACAGCUCGGUCUUGCAGCUUUGGUUACGUUAGGGUUGAUCGGAGGCUCUUUACUGCUUGGCGGAUACUGGUCUGGGCGCGCUAGCAGAUUCCAGAAGAAUUGGAUGGCCGCCAUUGAGAAGCGCCUCCACAAGACAGUGCAGGUCUUGAAGGGUAUCAAGAGCAUCAAGCAAAUGGGCGCGGCGCCAGCGAUAAAGACCAUGCUUGAAGAUGAAAGACAAUCGGAGAUCAAGCUAUCCAAGAGAUUCCGUCUUCAACUCAUUGCACUUGUAACCUUAUCUUUCACCUCUCUCACCAUGCUUCCAGCCUUGGGUCUCAGCGUCCACAACGCUGUGUCGGACAAAUCAUCAGGACGCAUCCUCACCGCCCAAACAGCCUUCCAAGUCAUGACCCUCUUCAACAUCGUCAGCUCAAGUAUACAAGACUGUACCUCCCAUGUCAUGGCUAUCAUGGUAGGACUCGGCUCACUGCAGCGUAUUGAGAGCUUUCUCAACCAGCAUACCUGGACAGAUCCUCGAAAGUCUAUCAGAGAUGCUAGCAUCAGUACAGAUGAGAGUUCUGUUGGUGGCUCAAGCGAGAAGAAGGUUCUCACCGACGUUGCUGUCAAGAUUCAGAACGUUAGCGCAAAGUGGACUGACGAUGGCGAAGAUAUCAUCAAAGACGCUACGUUUGAUGUACCAGCUCAUGGAUUGACUGUCAUCGCUGGACCGACAGGCAGUGGAAAGUCGACUCUGCUGCGUGUUGUGUUGGGUGAUCUUACACCGUCAUCUGGAACCGUCUCUGUCGAUGAUUCGCAGGUUGCUUUCUGUGACCAGACGCCUUGGAUUGCUAAUAUUAGCAUCAAGGAGAACAUCGUGGGUGCCUUGCCUUUCUAUGAAGAGCGAUAUCGCAUGGCGCUUCAUGCAUGUGCUCUUGAUCAGGACAUUGAAGAUCUGACAGACGGAGACAAACAUCUUUGUGGCUUAAAUGGACAGUCUGUCAGUGGAGGACAGAAAGUUCGCAUUGCUCUAGCGCGCGCCGUUUACUCCAAGGCUACUCUUGUUCUUCUCGACGAUUGCCUUGUCGGCCUCGACACCAACACGGAGCGCCACAUCCUCGGUGAGAUCUUCGCUCCCCGAGGUCUUCUCAGCAGCGCUCCCACCACGACUAUCCUCGCCACAAGUUCACCGAGAUAUCUUCCCUUCGCCAACUACAUCAUCCUCAUUGACGCCGACGGCCGUGUUGUUCGGCAAGGCACAUACGCCGAGAUUACACCGCAUAUAGAGCAGCUCGAACAUGACGUGCUGCAAGUAUCUGACCGCGCUGCCGCUGCACGUGAACCUAGAGCUCAAGACUCUGAUGAACUACCCAACACUGCAAUCACCAAUGACAUCGCUUUCAAGAAGGGUGCCAAUGGUGAUUGGGCUGUAUACAAGUGGUACUUUGGCGUCAUUGGCUGGAUGGACUUUGUUGUCUUUCUAUUCCUCUGCUUGGGAUUCGUGAUAGGCGUCAUAUUUCCACAAAUAUACCUUGGACUAUGGUCGGAGAAGACUCUCCAGGAACAAGUUGAUACACUUCCGUCAUUCUAUGGCGUCUUCUUCGGCGUUGGUUCAACGGCAUGGAUAGCUCUCUUCUCAGCAUGUGUAUGGCUCUUUUUACGCAUCGCAGUUCGGACAGCAGCUUUGUUCCACCAUCUCAUUCUCACUACAACACUCAAUGCCAAAAUGGAUUUCUUCUCCCAGACGGAUAGUGGAGUCACGUUGAACAGAUUUAGUCAGGACCUGCAGAUUACCGAUAUGGAGCUACCGCUGGCUUUCGUUGGCGCCACGAUGAACUUGCUGAUGCUUAUUGCGCAGUGUAUCGUUGUCACGAUCCAAUCCCACUACGCGGGCUUUGCGAUUCUGGCUAUCGCUGUUGUGAUUGGCUUCUUUCAUGAGUUUUAUCUUCGCACUUCUCGAAGACUUCGUGUCAUGGACAUUGAGGCGAGGUCACCUGUCUUGUCGCUGCUGUUGGAGUCUCUUGAUGGACUCGCUACUGUGCGCGCAUAUGGCUGGGCAUCAUGGUACUUGCGACGGGGCAUCGAGGUCCUUGAGCGAUCACAAGUACCCUUUCACUUCUUGCAGUCUGCACAAGUCACACUCAAUCUCUCAGUAGACUUGUUUGUCGCGACUCUUGCCCUAGUCGUUAUUUCCAUCGCUGUUGUACAGAUGAACACCAGUGGCGGAAGUCUUGGUCUCGCGCUGUUCAACAUCGUGGGACUUGGGCAAUCAGUCAAAGGUGUCGUAUUCUUCUGGACUUCGCUCGAGAUUACACUUGGUGCAGUUGCUCGUAUCAGAGACUUUACUCAGGACACAAAGUCGGAGCAUGAGUCGGAUACGAAGCCUUCGGCGGAGUGGCCAUCUAAGGGCGAGAUUCACUUCACCGAUGCGACACUUACUCAUUCAACUUCGUUGCCACCGACCAUUUCGAAUUUGACGCUGGAUAUCAAGCCAGGCUCCAAGAUGGCCAUUUGUGGUCGGACAGGAAGCGGAAAGAGUACCCUUGUGAACUCAUUGCUCGGCCUAGUGCAGGUCUCUUCAGGUCUCAUCAGCGUCGACGACGUUGACAUCUCAACCCUGGCCAAGGAUGAAGUACGAUCACGCUUCGUAGUCCUCCCGCAAGAAUCUCUCAUCCUCUCAGUAAGUAUUCGAGAGUACGCAAAGCUUUUUGGCAUUUCAGACGAGCAAGAGAUUAUCCAGGGCCUGAAGAAGACAGGCCUAUGGCAGACGAUUGAGCAAGGAGGCGGUUUAGAUAUGAUCGCCUCAAGCGACACCUUCUCCCACGGAGAGCGUCAGCUCUUCGCCAUGACACUAGCCUGCCUCAAGAAGGGCAAGAUCGUGCUUAUGGACGAGCCAACAAGCCACGUCGACAAUGAUAUCCAGACACAGCUGCGCCAGACAGUAUUUGACACGUUCCCUGAUAGCACUGUCCUCUGUGUCACGCAUCAGGUUGCAACUAUUGUAGAGUUUGAUAUAGUUCUUGUACUAGAUGACGGCAAGAUCGUUGAGCAGGGUGAUCCCAAGGAACUGCUGCGGCAGCCAACUUCGCGUUUCGCACAGCUGUACUCGGCUGGUGAGCUUUGACCUCGGGGAUGAGAUUAUGCAAUGCAUGCUGCAGGUGCCUUUGUCAUGAUGACGCCGGACUUCGGGCGUGCCGAGCAGUCAGUUAUAAUUAGAUUUCUGUCAUGUACUUCAAGUGCUUUCUAGUUCUUAUUUUCGUAUUCCAUCCUUGUCUCGACAUGGCAAUAAAAGGCCCAAUAUGCAACCACCAUCAAAGCUCUUUGUUUUUCCUUGACAUAAUCCAACAGCCGUCAGAUGAUGGUAUAUCCUGAUAGCGCUACACAGCUUGCAAUUGCAUUAGCGCAGGCCGCAGUUUUGCUCCAAAGUCCAUCGCAUACCCUAGCGCCGAAUCUGCUGAUGUUUGCUGCUUACCCUUUACCCCUCAAUAACUGGAUCUAGUUUGUCAUCCACUGGUCAGAGCUUUUGUGAUAAUGUUUGUAGUGCUGAUAUUAUACCGUACAUAACUGGAAGCAUCUCCGAGCUGGACCCAAACAUGUCGAGAGUGCAUAUGCAGGAUGAGGGCGAGUGAACACAAACUACAUUCCCGAAAUUUAAGCUAGCAGCCAACCUGCAUAUGUACGGCCUUUUCUCAAUGGAACGUACGUUUGCGUGGCGUUAUGGUAUUGGUUGGAGAGGUGCAGGGGGGGUUUUGUCCCGCACUGACAGCCGACCCAUCAUCUGCAGCAUGAACCGUAAAGCUUGCUUGGUUUACCA